ACUAAGAUCUUCAAGGAAAAAUGCACAUUUCAUCUCAGAUCUGAUUCCAAUUCCAUCUCACAAUCAUUUAGGGUUUCGGAUUUCAAUCAAAUUCCAAGUCUUUACACUCUACUCUCUCUCUCUGUUGUGUGUGCAUAGAUACGGAAUUGUUAAGAUGCUGACCAAGUUUGAAACCAAGAGUAAUAGAGUGAAAGGUUUGAGUUUUCACACCCAAAGGCCAUGGAUCUUAGCCAGUCUUCAUAGUGGGGUUAUUCAGCUAUGGGAUUACCGUAUGGGAACUCUCAUUGAUCGAUUUGAUGAGCACGAUGGCCCUGUUCGCGGUGUCCAUUUUCACAAAUCUCAGCCUCUAUUUGUUUCUGGAGGAGAUGAUUACAAAAUUAAGGUUUGGAACUAUAAGCUGCAUCGGUGCUUGUUUACCCUGCUUGGACAUCUUGAUUAUAUUCGAACUGUUCAAUUUCACCACGAAUAUCCAUGGAUUGUUAGUGCAAGUGAUGACCAGACUAUUCGGAUAUGGAACUGGCAGUCUCGUACUUGUAUUUCUGUCUUGACUGGCCACAAUCAUUAUGUAAUGUGUGCCUCAUUUCAUCCCAAAGAGGACUUGGUUGUCUCUGCUUCUUUGGAUCAGACUGUUCGUGUCUGGGAUAUUGGUGCCCUAAGAAAGAAAACCGUUUCUCCUGCUGAUGAUCUCUUGCGGUUGAGUCAGAUGAAUACUGACUUCUUUGGUGGAGUGGAUGCUGUGGUGAAGUAUGUCUUGGAGGGUCAUGAUAGAGGGGUUAACUGGGCAUCAUUUCAUCCUACACUCCCCCUUAUAGUUUCUGGUGCAGAUGAUCGCCAAGUGAAAAUUUGGCGGAUGAAUGAUACAAAAGCUUGGGAGGUGGACACAUUGAGAGGACACAUGAACAAUGUUUCAUGUGUGUUAUUCCAUCCAAGGCAAGAUAUUAUUGUUUCAAAUUCAGAGGAUAAGAGCAUUCGAGUGUGGGAUGCAACAAAAAGGACUGGUCUUCAGACUUUCCGCAGGGAGCAUGAUAGAUUUUGGAUCCUUGCUUCUCAUCCUGAGAUGAAUCUUCUAGCAGCUGGACAUGACAGUGGGAUGAUAGUAUUCAAGUUAGAGAGAGAACGGCCUGCUUUUUCUGUGAGCAGUGAUUCUUUAUUUUAUGUAAAGGAUCGCUUUCUCCGUGUAUAUGAGUAUUCAACCCAGAAGGACACACAGUUGAUACCAAUUAGAAGGCCCGGUUCAAACAAUGUGAAUCAAGGUCCACGAACUCUUUCAUACAGUCCAACAGAAAAUGCUGUCUUGAUAUGUUCAGACACAGAUGGUGGUUCCUAUGAACUUUACAUUGUACCCAAAGAUAGUUAUGGUAGGGGUGAUACUGUUCAAGAUGCAAAAAGAGGAACCGGAGGAUCAGCUGUGUUUGUUGCCCGAAACAGGUUUGCGGUACUUGAGAAGAGCACUAAUCAAGUCCUGGUAAAAAAUCUCAAGAAUGAAAUUGUCAAGAAAAGCCUUCUUCCUAUGGCAACUGAUGCAAUAUUUUAUGCUGGCACUGGAAACUUACUAUGUAGGGCAGAGGAUAGAGUUGUCAUUUUUGAUCUCCAGCAGAGAAUUAUUCUUGGAGAUCUCCAGACUUCUUUCAUCAGGUAUGUUGUUUGGUCACCUGAUAUGGAAAGUGUCGCUUUGAUUAGCAAGCACUCCAUAAUUAUAGCUGAUAAGAAGCUUGUGCACCGUUGCACCUUUCAUGAGACAAUUCGUGUCAAAAGUGGUGCCUGGGAUGACAAUGGGGUAUUCAUAUAUACCACACUUACCCACAUUAAGUACUGUCUUCCCAACGGGGAUUGUGGAAUCGUCAAAACCCUAGAUGUUCCUGUCUAUAUUACAAAAAUAUAUGGGAACACUAUCUUUUGCUUGGAUAGAGAUGGCAAAAACCGUCCUAUUAUUAUUGAUUCAACUGAAUAUGUUUUCAAGUUGUGUCUGCUUAGAAAGAGAUAUGACCAAGUUAUGAGUAUGAUAAGAAACUCAGAGCUCUGUGGUCAGGCCAUGAUUUCAUAUUUGCAGCAGAAGGGUUUUCCAGAAGUUGCUCUUCAUUUUGUGAAGGAUGAGCGCACUCGUUUCAACUUAGCACUUGAAAGUGGGAAUAUUGAGAUAGCUCUUGAAUCUGCUAAGAAGAUUGAUGAAAAAGAUCAUUGGUAUAGGCUUGGCGUGGAAGCCCUUCGGCAGGGCAAUGCAGGUAUUGUUGAAUAUGCCUACCAAAAGACAAAGAAUUUUGAGAGGCUCUCUUUCCUAUAUCUAAUAACUGGAAACGUGGAGAAGUUAUCUAAAAUGAUGAAAAUUGCUGAGGUAAAAAAUGAAGUAAUGGGUCAGUUCCAUGAUGCCUUGUACCUCGGUAAUGUCCGCGAGCGUGUUAAAAUUUUGGAAAAUGCUGGUCAUCUGCCCCUUGCAUACAUCACAGCUACAGUCCACGGGCUCAGUGAUACUGCUGAGCGUCUUGCAGAGGAACUGGGGGAUAAUGUUCCAUCAUUGCCAAAGGGGAAGAAAGCUUCAAUGUUGCUUCCCCCAACUCCCAUCUUGGGUGGUGGAGACUGGCCUUUGCUGAUGGUAACGAAAGGGAUAUUUGAAGGUGGUCUGGAUAUUGCAGGCAGGGGAGGACAAGAGGAAUAUGAAGAGGCUGCGGAUGCAGACUGGGGUGAGUCAUUGGACAUCGGUGAGGUGGAAAAUCUACAGAAUGGGGACAUCAGUAUGGUGCUUGGUGACGAGGAAGGACAAGAAGGAAAUGAUGAUGAGGAGGGUGGAUGGGAUCUUGAGGAUCUGGAUCUGCCUCCUGAUACAGACACACCUAAGACUACUUCCAAUGCUCGCUCUUCUGUGUUUGUCACUCCAACACCUGGCAUGCCUGUCAGCCAGAUUUGGGUCCAAAAAUCAUCUCUAGCUGCUGAACAUGCAGCUGCUGGAAAUUUUGAUACUGCUAUGCGGUUGUUGAGCAGACAACUAGGAAUUAGGAACUUCUCUCCUUUAAAAUCAUUGUUUAUUGAUCUUCAUGUGGGAAGCCACACUCAUCUGCUUGCCUUCUCCUCGGCGCCGGUCAUCUCCGUGGCAAUUGAGAGAGGUUGGAGUGAGUCAGCUAGUCCUAAUGUUCGAGGUCCACCUGCUCUUAUAUUCAGUUUUGCUCAGUUGGAGGAAAAACUUAAAGCUUCUUAUAAGGCGACUACUGGUGGAAAAUUUUCUGAUGCACUUAGACUAUUCCUGAGCAUCCUUCACACCAUUCCUCUGAUUGUGGUUGAGUCGAGACGAGAAGUGGAUGAAGUCAAGGAAUUGAUUGUCAUAGUGAAAGAGUAUGUUUUGGGUUUGCAGAUGGAGCUUAAGAGGAAGGAAUUGAAAGAUAAUCCUAUUCGCCAGCAGGAACUGGCAGCUUAUUUCACUCACUGUAAUCUGCAGCUUCCUCACUUGAGACUUGCAUUACAGAAUGCUAUGUCUAUCUGCUACAAGGCUGGAAAUCUUAGCUCAGCAGCCAACUUUGCUAGGAGACUGUUGGAGACCAAUCCCACCAAUGAAAGCCAAGCCAGAACAGCCCGCCAGGUUCUGCAGGCAGCUGAGAAAAAUAUGCGAGAUGUUACACAGUUGAAUUAUGAUUUCAGAAAUCCUUUUACAGUCUGUGGGGCAACAUAUGUCCCGAUAUACCGGGGUCAGAAGGAUGUCACUUGUCCUUACUGUGGUACUCAUUUUGUACUGUCUCAGCAAGGGGAGCUUUGUACUGUUUGUGAUCUUGCAGUUGUUGGAGCCGAUGCCUCUGGUUUGCUUUGCUCGGCAUCACAAAUCAGGUGAUUUCAGCUUCUCAUGCAGUUGUAUUCGGCCAUGUCAUUCAGAUGAUUCUAGUUCUAGGCAUGGGUAAUUAUGAACAUGCUUUUUAUGGGAUUGUAUCUGCGGUUUAUAUUUUUGUUUCUAUAAUUUUGUAAUCAGUUUUUACAGACCGACCUUUUGCCUUGGUUAUCUAAUUUUUUUUUUUGUAAUAAAACAUGUAAGAUUUUGAGUUCAA